UCCGGAACCGAUGAUAUAGUGAUCACAGGAAUGUCGGGUCGAUUCCCGAUGUCUGAUACUAUCGAUGAAUUCGCACGAAAUCUAUUCGAAAGCCGAGAUAUGAUUACCGAUGACCACAACCGGUGGCCGAAAGACUUGUUUAAUAUUAACCCGCGUAUGGGUACGAUUGGAAGUUGCGAUCGCUUUGACGCCACUUUCUUCGGCCAAUUGGGCGCCGAUCUGAUGGACCCACAGAUUCGUAUGCUAUUGGAAGUGGUCUACGAGGCUAUUGUCGACGCAGUUAAAAUUAAAGCUUCUAAUAUUUGUUUAGGCCUACAUCCACAACAAAUACGCGGUACAAAUACAGGCGUAUACUUGGGCUGUACGGCUCCGGGGGGAGCCGAUGGCUUGCCGGAGGAUGUGGAACCCGAUUUGACCAACUCGGCCAACGUUAUAACCCAGGAUGCCAUGGGUCAUAUGCGGGGCAUAUUUCCUAAUAGGAUUUCAUUUGUGUACGACUUGUUGGGGCCGUCUAUCCAAUGCGACACCGCCUGCUCCAGUAGUUUGUCCAGUUUCGCACUCGCUUUCAACGAUAUGCUAUUGGGUAACGUGGACAAGGCUAUAGUGUGCGGAACAAAUUUUGGUUUGCAGCCAAUAAUGUACCAGUGCCAACAGGCGUUGGGCGUUUGUUCGCCACGUGGUGUGUCCGCCCCAUUUGACGCCGAGGCCGAUGGUUACGUGAAAGCGGACGCCGUGUGCGCUGUGCUGUUGCAACGGCGCCCGGAGGCACGCAGAGUGUACGCCACUGUAAACACUGUACGACUGAACGCCGAGGGUACAAAAAUGGACGGCAUGUAUAGGCCCUCCAGCGAUGCUCAGGAGUCACUUAUGCGGUGCGCGUAUACCGACGCCGGCAUCGAUCCGAGCAGACUGUCGUACGCGGAAUUACACUGUGCCGGCACUCAGGUUAGGUUCUUAUAA